GGUCUGCCAGUUGAAUAAAUACACGCUCUGCCAUGUAUCGGUCAUUGGCGACGUCGCACUAGGUAACCCUAGCUUCUGAGAGGCUCAAGCUCCCCGAGUCAAUAUGGUUGCCAAUGGUGGAGCACCACCCAGAGGCAGUGCAGCAGCAGCUGCCAGCUUGCGCAGGCGGAGGACAGGCGGUGGAGGUGGUGCUGCAGCUGGUGGAGGUGCCAGCACCAUGCUUCAGUUCUACACUGAUGAUGCCACUGGGGCCAAGAUGUCUCCUAAUAGUGUUCUCUUCAUGAGCAUUGGCUUCAUUGCCGUUGUUUCUCUUCUUCAUGUUUUUGGUAAACUUUAUUUGGCUCGGCAGUAGAGUUUCGCAUAUCCUCUUACCUUCACUGUUUUCCGAAAAAUCUCCAAGGUGUGUGUACUCUUGUUAGAUUACUGAUCAAGUUAGGCUAUUUUGUCAUAAUGUUGAGCUAAUCAUUAAAAGACAUGGUGAAACACCCUUAUAAGCUGCAGCUCUACUGCCAUUCCCUUUGGAUUAACAUUGUGUUCUACAAUCUUGCUAGAUUUUGAUAUUUUUAGAAUCUUGAUAGAUUCGGAUGUAAACUCUGUU